AUGAAAGCUAGAGGCGUUCUCAUCACAGUUCCCGAAUAUAGAUUAUCAUUUGAAUUGAAAUGUAUUGAAUCUAUCAAAUCUAAAUCGGACCUUUUUCAACAAUUAUUUAAAGUUCAAGAUUGGUUAGAAAAUAAUUGUAGAGAUUUAUUAGAUGAAUCAGAUGAAAUCCUUCAUGCCAGGUAUCAACUAAUUUAUACAAUUGGAAAUCAAUUAAAAAUUGAUGGUAGAGAUCAACGUUGGAAUGUUUUACAAAAAGUAUUUAGAUCAAUUAAGAAACAUUCUAAAGGUUUAUUCGAUUCAUUUGGGUCGUCUUGUGUCGAACUUAGGGAAAUGAAUAAUUUUGAACAUUCAUUUCCUCAUUUGAGAAUUUUAGAUUCAAAAGCUUUUGAAUUGCUUGUAGAAAAUAUUGUUAAUGAUAUUCUUGAUGGAAACUUGAAAGGAAUUUUCAUUUCUAUCAAGCCAGAACAUAGACUUUUAUUUAAACAAUUUUUGACAUGUGAAGAAAUUAAUGAUUCUACAUUGAAAUUAAUUAGACAAUAUUCUAAAGAAAGCCAGUGGGAAUCAUUAUUAAUACUAAGAGGAUUAUUAGCGUAUGGAACCUUGGAGCUUGUAUUAGAAAGAAGAUGGAGAGUUAAUUAUGGAGUUGGUUUUAACAGAUCAAUUGCCGUUCCAUUUAGAGCCAAAGACGUACCAUCUGAAAGAUCUGAAUAUGGUCAUCCAGAUAUCGCAAUUUUAUUAACAUUAUUAAGCUAUUAUUAUAGUGGAUUAGAUAAUUCUCAACUUGAAUAUAUAUUCGAAGAAUUGCUAUCAUUGGAUGACCCAGAAAAGGAAUAUUGUAAAUGGGUCGAAGAAGGUCAGAAUCAAAUACCUGAACAAUUGAAAUCUUUAUCAAAUAUUAACUUAUCCGAUUAUCAUCAAAAAAUGGAAGUAGUUUUUCCAUUUUUUAAAUAUUCAAUGGCAGCUAUUGACUUUUAUUUAAAUAAGUGUGUAUUUCCAAAAGAAUGCAAACAAUUUCCUAAAAAGUUGACUUCCUCAUCUUGGAAUUUAAGUAAUCAAAAGAAUCAUCAAUCAAGCGGUUUCAGUGGCACAAAAUCAUUUUUAUUACCAAUUUCGAUUCAAUCAAAUGAAUUAGAAGAAUUACUAGAUACUUCUAAAAAUGUUGAAUCAUUCAUUUUGAGGAAUGAAGAAUAUCACGUUAUUUCAAAUGAACAAUCAUGCAAAGACAUUAUUCAAUCUAUUGCUAAUUCACAAAAAACAACAAGAGUAUUACUAGACGUUGGAGCACUAAUGUUAGAAAUGACAAAUGAAGAAUUGGCACAAUAUUGGUUAGAAAUUUCAAAUCCAAACGAAAUCCAUGCUGCAAUAUAUUUUAAUGAUAAUGAUGAACUCACUGUCAUAGAUAGAUAUAAUCAUGUUACUAAUUUUGAUUUGUCUCCAUAUAAAAACAAGUUAGAACAAUGUGUUACAUACAUAGAUGACGUACAUACAAGAGGGACGGAUAUUAAAUUUCCAGAAAGUACAAGAGCUGCUGUUACUUUAGGAAAUGGUCUUUCAAAUGAAAGGUUCGUUCAAGCAUGCAUGAGAAUGAGACAAUUAUGUUCUGUGAAUGGACACACCGUUUCAUUCUGGGCAUCCAAAGAAGUUGAUUCACAUAUUAAGAAAUUAUCAGAGAAUAAUACUGUCAAUACAAGAGAAAUAAUUAACUGGACACAUUUCAAUACAAAACAAAUGGAAAUGGAUCAUUUAUUACAAUGGGCUGUCCAAGGAUUGAUUUACAGUCAUAAACUAUGGUUAAAUCAAGAAUUAGGAAAAUCAAUACUUAUUCAACAAUACUAUGACAAAUAUAUUGAAGAUGAAAUACUUGAAUUACAAUCAUUUUAUGGAUUAGAACGAAAGAAGCAAUUAUUAUCACAAAUAUUUAAAUUGAAAGAAUUACAUUUUAGAUCGUUACACACAAAGAAUCUUUGUACAAUAUUUGAGAGUAAUAUUUCAAAAAUUAUUGAAAAACUGUCAACCAAUACUAUGGAAAUAUUCUCACAAACACUGAAUGAAGAACAAGAAAGAGAAUUGGAAAAUGAAUUAGAAGAAGAAAAGCAAGUAUUUAGACCUCCUCAAUUAGAACCCUGUAUUCCUGAAUUGGACACUAAUUUGAAAUUGCUAAUUAUGGGAUUCAAGCCAAAUAUCUCCACCAUGUUAAAUGUUAAAGAAUUAUUAUCUGAUACUUUUGCACUUUACAAUCUCCCUAAUAUUUGGAAUGGUAACAUUUAUGCAACCAAAAGUAUGAAAAAUGUUGUCAUUUCAACAAUUGACUCUAAAAUUGAUUAUUACAAGAGACCAAUAGAUUGGUUUGUUCACUCCUUGAAUGAUAAUUAUAUAAUUUUAAUAUGUCCAUACGAAGCCAAUCAAAUAUUUAAAUUUAUUAAUGAAAAUGGAAAAGGAAUUAAUUUCACAUUGAAUAGAUUCAGUAGAAGAAUUCAUAUCAGUGAUGAACUAUUAUAUGAUAAUCUUUCACUUUCUAUCCCUUCUGUGAAUUCACAAUUUGAUAGAGUGACUAGAAUUGCAAAACUUAAUAGAUUCCUUCCAGAUUUAUUCAUUCUUUCAUGUUCAUUAUAUUUCAAGAAUGAAUGGGAACAAUCAAUUAUUUGCAAUUUCUUAUCCGUGGCCCCAAAACCUCAUAAUAUAAUAGAAAUGGAAGCCUUUGGAAGAGGUGAUAUUGAUGAAAAUGGAAAAAUUGUUUACAAUUCAAAAUAUUAUCACUCACUGUUAAAACCACCAUCUCAAUGCAAUUUUGAUCCAAUUCAAUUAAUUGAAAAAUUGUUAUCAAUCUAUGAUAGGAAUGAUUCAUUCCAAGAUUCACAUUUAUACAUGAUUAUUAGACAAGCACAAAAACCUUUUAAAUAAUAAUUAAAAUUUAAUUUUCUUCC